AUGAUGAGUCUGCAGCCGCCUAAUUCUGUCAAGGGAAUCCGCAGCUUUCUGGGACAUGCAGGGUUCUAUAGGCGAUUCAUCAAGGACUUCUCCAAGAUCACCAGACCUUUGACGCAGCUGUUGUGUAAGGAGGUCAAGUUCGACUUUGACAGUACAUGCUUGGAGGCCUUUCACACGAUCAAGGGAGCUCUGGUGAGUGCUCCAAUUGUCCAACCUCCAGACUGGAACCUUCCGUUCGAGGUCAUGACAGAUGCUAGUGACUAUGCUGUCGGAGCGGUUCUGGGCCAGAGAAAGGAGAAGAAGCUGCACGUGAUCUACUACGCCAGUCGCACUCUUGAUGAAGCUCAGUGCAAGUACGCUACGACUGAGAAAGAACUAUGCGGUGGUCUUUGCGUUUGA